AUGGCUGAAGACUCUGGUUUGGCUGAUCGGCUGGUUGCGAUGCGGAAUCGUUUGGAUAACUAUCGUCUUCGUAAUGCAGCUGUUUUGGAACGAGAGCGUGAGCAAGAGAAACUAAAAGAAGCUGAAGCUGAGACGAGACGACAACUGGAAGAAGAACAUGCGAGAACUCUUAAAGAAGCAGAUCAAGUACCUCCUCCUCCCACUACUACCGUUCCAGUAUCAUCAUCCUCAUCACCAUCACCAGCACCAGCACCAUUUGGAACCAUGGUUACAGAAAAAGACGCCAUCAAUUGGUUGAAACAAUCAUGA